GUUCUGCAGUACGCGAGUUGAAGCACAUUCCUGCUUUGCAAGGCUUUCUGUUAAGGAUGUAUUGUGGCUUUUGUUUGGAUUGCAGCAUGCAGAAUUACAGCUGUUCAGAGGAGACUCAUUACAACUCCUGCUGAAGCUCCUAAUCUUCUUCCCUUCUCUUCUACCCUUUCCCCCUACCCUCACUUGGCCUGAAGACGUUGUCCCCAGAGUUUACGUUGCUCCCCUGGUGCUAUGUGUAUGGUGAACCUGGCGCUAUGGCCACGUCUGGGACUGGCCAGACAACUACUGCUGGCUCUCCUUAUUCCAGGAAGGAUUUAAAGGGGAAUUGCACUGCAGGCAAUGCACCAGAGCAGCAGCAUCGGGAGCUUGGGGACUAAGGCUCCUCUGGCAUUAUUACACACAUGCAAAGCUGACCGCAAUGACAGCAGCUGCUUCUUUGAACUGUUGGCAGCAGCCAAGCGGCAGCAUGAAGUGACAGAUCACUCCUGAGCUCAAGAUGAACUCCACCUUGGAUGGUAAUCAGAGCAGCCACCCUUUUUGCCUCUUGGCAUUUGGCUAUUUGGAAACUGUCAAUUUUUGCCUUUUGGAAGUAUUGAUUAUUGUCUUUCUAACUGUAUUGAUUAUUUCUGGCAACAUCAUUGUGAUUUUUGUAUUUCACUGUGCACCUUUGUUGAACCAUCACACUACAAGUUAUUUUAUCCAGACUAUGGCAUAUGCUGACCUUUUUGUUGGGGUGAGCUGCCUGGUCCCUUCUUUAUCACUCCUCCAUCACCCCCUUCCAGUAGAGGAGUCCUUGACUUGCCAGAUAUUUGGUUUCGUAGUAUCAGUUCUGAAGAGCGUCUCCAUGGCUUCUCUGGCUUGUAUCAGCAUUGAUAGAUACAUUGCCAUUACUAAACCUUUAACCUAUAAUACUCUGGUUACACCCUGGAGACUACGCCUGUGUAUUUUCCUGAUUUGGCUAUACUCGACCCUGGUCUUCCUGCCUUCCUUUUUCCACUGGGGCAAACCUGGAUAUCAUGGAGAUGUGUUUCAGUGGUGUGCGGAAUCCUGGCACACUGACUCCUACUUCACCCUGUUCAUCGUGAUGAUGUUAUAUGCCCCAGCAGCCCUUAUUGUCUGCUUCACCUAUUUCAACAUCUUCCGCAUCUGUCAACAGCACACAAAAGAAAUCAGCGAAAGGCAAGCCCGCUUCAGCAGCCAGAGUGGGGAGACUGGGGAAGUGCAGGCCUGUCCUGAUAAGCGCUAUGCCAUGGUCCUGUUUCGAAUCACUAGUGUAUUUUACAUCCUCUGGUUGCCAUAUAUCAUCUACUUCUUGUUGGAAAGCUCCACUGGCCACAGCAACCGCUUCGCAUCCUUCUUGACCACCUGGCUUGCUAUUAGUAACAGUUUCUGCAACUGUGUCAUUUAUAGUCUCUCCAACAGUGUAUUCCAAAGAGGACUAAAGCGCCUCUCAGGGGCUAUGUGUACUUCUUGUGCAAGUCAGACUACAGCCAACGACCCUUACACAGUUAGAAGCAAAGGCCCUCUUAAUGGAUGUCGUAUCUGAAGUGGCUCAGUUACGGGGUUCCCCUGUGUGUGUGUGUGUGUGUGUGUUUUAUCUCUAAGUAUUCCUCAUUCACUAGGAAAUCUGAGACAGAAUACUUUGACUCUAAGCAAUAGCAUGCAAAUUAUUCGUACGGAUACCUUCUAAGUUUGUAGAAAUGGUUUUCAAAAGUGCUUUUGAAUUAGAAGACUUAAGAUCAUGAAGACAAAUUGCUGUUGCUUUCAAUUUUUGAAAUGUCUUGGAAAUGACUACAGUUCUCAGAUUUAGAAUGAAUAAAGCCAUAUCUAACACCUCUUUCCAGCUGGCAUGACUGAACCUGAGUGUGAAAAGCGUCAGCAUUUUAAAAAGUCAUCAUUUUGUUGUCACUUUGUGGGUUAUUUCCAGCUAUUUAGGCUUCAUGUGCAAUUGAUUUCUUCUAACAGGGAAUAGUAAAAUAUAAAUUAAAAGGUUUUAGAAAUUAUUUUUUAUGUAUGCCAAAGCAUAACUACACUGCAAGUUUCAACACUGUCAUUUAGAAAGCCAAAUGUUCUAUGUUUUAUUCUCUUGAGAGAAUUCUCAGUAGGGUGAAUAAUGUGAGCACAUAAACACUAAUUUUAGAAUUUUACAGUGAACCAUGAAGCAAAAGUGCAAUCAAAUUAUACAGUUUAUGAAAAACUGUGCUACUUUUUGUGCCAUACUUCACAGAGAUCUAAAGAUAUGUGUGCAUAGAAGUGAUCAUGUUGUAGUAUUUUUGCCUGUGCCUUUGUGUUAUGUCUAUAUUUAGAAUAUCUGAAUUGUUAGAUUUAUCUUUUAUGGCAAAAUGUGUUUAAGCUAAAAAAUAAUUCAGUGAUAGGCUGUUGGCUGUACAUUUUAUAACAGUGACUAUGUACAAAAAUGUGUCUUUAAUAUUGUCUGUUCUUUCUAUUCAAAGACUUCCGAAAUAUUAGAACAUCAGGGAGAAGGGUAUCUGUCAUAAGCAACUGAGUCAGAAAGUAUCCCAUAGUAUACUGAUUGUUUUUUAAAAAUAUAAGGGAGCUGAGACAUUUUCUUUGUGGUUAAAUGGAAUCAACUAGUUAUUUUUGAAAAGUAUUCUUUCAGUUAGUGCUAAGGAAUCCACAUUUGAAGAGGGGAAGGGGAAACUCUUAAGUCUCUUAUUGCUAUUCUCUUUCUGGAAAAAAAUCCUUUGGCAUACAGUUCUUAAUAGUCUUUUUUUCUUCCCUGCCAAAGUACUAGCAAACCUAUAGGAUUUUACUAUUCUUCAUAGAAUUAUUAUUGAGUUAUGUGUUUGUAUAUAGUAGUGAUGUUUGUUCUUAAAAGUGAUGAUCUUCAGAGCAAGAGGUUUAUUUUUCUAAAAGGAGAGAAGGAAUUCCAGCAGCUCCAAGCACGAAAGUAUUUCCUCUACUUUUCUGCAGGCUUUAAUGUUUUGGAAAUCUUCAGGGGACUUACUUGAUCUCUGCCUUUGGCUAGAGGUUGUAAUCUGAAUGCGACAAUGGUGUUCAGUGAGAUGGAAGACGGAAGAAACCCGGGGAACAUGGGUUAAAGUGGGUUUCUGAAUCCAAGAAAGGACAUGGAUAUUUAUAAAGCAGGCAGAUAAGCUUUGGUUUUCCAUCAUGAUGCCAGUGUUCUUAUGAUUUUAGGCUUUAGACAUCAACUUGAUUUUAACCUCAGUUGUGUUCUAUUUAAACUUUCUUAUUUUAAGUGACUAAGCAUUAUAUAAACAUUCAAACUUCAGAUUCUGGAUUUUUCCCAAAAGCUUGCUUGCUCUUUAUGUUUAGUGUUAGCAAAUUUUAUUCUAAGCUGUUUCAAAAUUUAGAACUCAUACUGAAAUUCCAAGUUAUGUUAGAAAUGGCUUGCCAUUUCAAAUGGGAAACCUUUUCUUUUGGAUUCUGAAAAAUGGUUGUAUUGUAAACAUUUCCCCUUUAAGUGGUACAGAUCUAAAAAAACAAAAUUUACCUUUUUCAUAUAUGUUAGAGAAUGUAACCUGUUCACAUUUGCAGUUUGCUUAUGCAUUUUUAGUUUAGAAAAUAUGGUGAUUUUAAACACUUAAUUUUUGUUGAAAAAUUGAUGUUAAAUCAGUAGGUUUGAUCUCAUUUUGUUGUGUGUGUAUGUGUUGGGAGAGAGGAGGUGCUCCUGGACACAGUAACGUCUUCUUCAGUGACUGGGGGUGUUUUCUGUGUGAUGUGUUUGGAAAGUUAAUAUUUAACUGAUCUUUUCAUCCUGGCAUAUUUAAUGCAACAUUUCAUGACAUUUAGUUUAAAUACCAGUCUGAUUUCAAAAAAAGUGUAUUUUUAGAAUCAGUUACCAUGGCGUUGACAGGAUAACUCGUUUAACUUUAUAUGGCAUGUGACUGGUAUCAGAGGAAACAUACUUUUGGUGAUUAUGUUGAAAUUAUUUCAUAGUAAAUUUUAAAGUAGGCUUAUACUAAUGUUAUAUUUGUAAACUAGUUGUAUUUUUUAAUGCAGUGAUUUCAGUGAAAGUGUUUUUCCCCCCUUCUUAGAGUUGAAAAGCAAUUACAGAUGGACUACUGUGCUCUACUUUAGUGAGAGCAUUAUCUUAACACUAGAUUGGAUAUUUGCAUUUUUUAUGGGCCUGUCGACUCUUACUCAGAAUUCCAUUUUGGAAAAGGUUUUCUUUAAGCUUUAUUACUGGAUAAAUUCUUUUCAAACCUUUUAUAAUGGCUUUUCCUUUUUACUUGAAUAAUGGUCUCAGUAUUUUAAGGAUUGGGAAAACUUGAAUUUUUAUACCAUAAAUGCAUUGCCCACCUCCUUGAACUUGAAAAUGAAGCAACAGGGUUACAGACUCCCAGAUGGCCCAGAUGGUAGAGUGGUUUCUAGGAGGGUUUCCUCAGCUUUUCAGGUUUGUUUGAAAAAUCUGCAUGGUGGCUUGGUAUAGGAAUUGUCUUAAUUUCACUGACUGUGUUUUUGUUUCAUAAGUGGUUGGUGAAAUUAUCAGCAAGCCAGAAUUUAUUGUUAUAUGAGCAAAUUUUGGGAAAUUUAAGAAUGGGAAAAUGGUGGCAUUGAGAUUUUUUGAAGUCCUCAUAAAUCAUUUUGUGUGUUGAUUUUUGUAUAAUUUUUUUCAUUUCAGGUUGAAGAAAAGCUAAAUAUAAGUAUUUAUAUUAAAAGUAUAUAUUACUAAUAUUAUGUUGCAGACCUUGGAAAUACUGUGGACAUUUCUUAUGGCUGUAAAUGAGUCAUUUGGCCUUUCUUCAAAAUUUGCAUGACAAAAGGGCAUCAUAUAGUAAAAAUGAAGUUGGAACUGAGAGUAAAAAAAUGUAGGCUUGUGUUUCUAAUUAAGUAGUUUUGUAAAUGAGGGCAAGUCACUUCUCUAAAUGCUUAAUUUAUCCUAAAAGGAGAUACUGAUCCCUUCAUACCUCAUAGGGUUAGUUUGAGGCUUGAGUUAGAUAAUAGAUGUGAAAGUACUUUGUAAAUUGUAAAGUGCUUUGCAAAUAAAAAUGAUUACUGUUAUUUGUAUCUGCCAUUCUUCUACAUGUCUACACAUCAUACAUCAUGAUGUGUUCCCCCACACUUAGAUUUUAAAUAACAGAUAAUAUCUCUUUUUGGUAUCAAGAGAUUAAUGUGGUAAUUUGAGUCCUCUAUAUGGUUAGAUAACUUUACUCCUGGAAACUCUGUAGCUUCAGCCCAGAGAGCUUCAGGCAGUGCUUUCAAGUUGCCAGUUUUUCACAGAAUGGAUUAGCAAGUAUGGAGCUGGAUCACACCUUCUUGGCUCUGGAUCCAGAUAAAGCUCUGUAAAAUAGGUCACAAGGCCAAAGGAACUAUAGAAAUCCUUGGUGAAAGAAACUUUCUGUGUGAUAUUGCUUUGUCUCCCUUUCAGCCUUUCCCAGUUUUCUGGCUCUGUCUUUCCUUCUUCCUUCCUUUUCUUACCACACUAUUGGUCAUGUAUCCAGAAAGAAGUAUUUCCUUGAUACUGCCAUAGGGUAUGGAAAAUUGUAUUAUGUAAGAGCAGUGACUUUUAGGGAAAGUUUAAGAAGCAAUCAAGAAGCACUUAUCUAGCAAGUUCUGCUGUGUGCUAGGUAGUAUAACUAGCCUCAGAGAGGGAUCAAAGAAGGAUCAUUUCUUUCUUGUAGAACUAUACAGUUUUUAGAUGUUUCAUGUGUAAAAAUUCUGUGAUUAUCUGUCUUCCAGGAAGCCUCACUGUUCUCUACUUUAUCUGGAAGAAUGUACCAAGACUUCCUGGUGGGCCACCCCCACAGCAUUGUUUUUUGUGGGGUGCAAUCAUUUGAUGCUGGUGUAUAAAAUCAUAUCACUUUAUUAGUUUAAGAAAUAGAUGCUGGUAAUUCAGAGCAGUCUUCUCUAUCAGCAGAUGUUUAUGGGAAGCCAAACCAUAUUCAGAAGGUUGUUUGGUGGGAAUGGAAUCUCAGAACAUGGUUCUGUAAUGUGAACGUUAUUGGGAUCAUAGUAAAAGAUGAAAUCAUCCCUGCUUCCAUUAUUGACUAUCCUACCUUCUCAUUGACAUAUUGCGGUAUUUCCUUGGUUCAAUUAACUUCUUCUGUUACUUGUCUUUUAGUCAAAUUCCUUGCAAGUCUUUGUAGUGUGCAAGCCUGCAACUCAUUCUUUCUCUUUAAGGUGAUUUUAUAUCCCCAGCCUUAUCUUUUAUCAUGAAACAUACUAGUUUUAUGAUUUAUUAUUAUUUGAAACACAUCUUUAUUCUUUACAUUAGUUUGGGGGAGCAGCUCAUCUUAGUUUUCAUGUAGUUCCUAGUUAGAAAAGCAAAAUACGUGACACUCACUAUAAAAAUUAAUAAUAUCAGAUAAUUAGGGUUGUGAUAUUCAUGUCAGAUCAUGUCUAGCAAAGGAGUCAGGGAGAGGCAGAUGAGUUGGAAAGAACCUUAGAAAUCAUUUGGUCUGAUUCUGUUAUUUUGCAGAUGAGAAACCAGCCCAGUGGCCCCUCCCAGACUUCAUGCUUCCUAAUCCAUUGCCCUUUUCUAGUAUAUCCCAUUGCUUUUGCAGAGGAGUUGGAAUUUGACUUGACUCAGCCGUGCCAUGGGAUGGGCAUGUAUGUACAUGUGUAAUUCUAAGGAUAAGAAGUAUGAGCAGUAAUAUAAAUGUAAUUGAGACUCGUUUCAGGAGAAUUUUAUAAACUUUAUGUUAAUACCAGCACUGUAGGAGCUAGUGACUAUUAUUAACCCCAUUAUACAGAUGAAACAGAUUUUGAGUUGCCAGAGUCAGACAGCUUAUAAGUGGAAGAUCUGGGAUUCCAACCCAGGACUUCCUGACUCCAAAACCUAUAUUCUUACAUUAAUUUUUUCUUACAUUCUACAUUUAAUUUUCACAGCAACUUAUCAGGUAGUUAUUUUUAAUUUUCCUAUUUUAUAGGUGAGAAAACAUAGGCUUAGACAGGUUAAGAAGCUUCUAAGGUUACAUAUAUAGUAAGUGUUAUGAAUCAAAUCCAAUUCUUUGACUCUAAAGCUUGUGUUCUGUACCAUUAUAUAAGCCUAGGCUUUAGAAACAUAUGACAGACCUUCUGCUAAAUAUAGCAGAUUGAAUUGAAUAUGCAUAUUUCUGUUAACUCCGCUAUAAAGAAUAGCAAAGGUAUACUAUGGACAAAAAGAGGGAGAACAGAGAUGAUGGCAGACAGUGAUGCCAGCAGAGUUUUGGAAUAUAGAAAUCCAGUGGACAAGUAGUAACUGACUCAGCGGAAUCAACAGAGCUGCUUCCUAAAGUCAAAGGAGGAAGAGGAGCAAAAAGAAACAGACUGAUUUGUCUGUUGGCUACAGUAACUACUUGGGAAUUGGAUUCCUAAGAUGUCCCUAUAAGCAUAGAGACUGAAAAACAAGAAUUGUUAGAAGCCAAAAAACAGAAUAAUUGGUAGAAAGUUUAUACAAGGAAUAUUUAGACAUCGUCACCCCUUACUCCUCUUCCCCGUCCCACCUGAAUCCCCAUCCCAAGCAGGCAACUGGUUUUCACCAUUGCAGCAGAAGAUGGGAGAUUUACUCUUUGGAAAAGCUGAACCACGCUAGAUGCCAGGCAUAGCUGAGAAUGGGACUAAGGUGUGUUUUGUUGCAAACGUGACUGCUGUAAGAAAGUCUGUAUGUUAAAUAAUCAGCACCCUUGCCACACUACACUCUCAGAAUGUUCUAAGCAGGAUAUGAGAGGAGUGUAUUCUGGGGAUGGACAUUUGAGGGCUCACAAACAAAAUAGCCACAUUCCCUGCCCAGUCACUUUAAGGCGAUGCCCAUCAAUCAACACAUCCCACCCAUGCACACAGAGCUCACAGCUUUUUAUUGCUUCCCUUUUAAUAUUAACAGCCAGAGAUAAUUGCGCUUUUGAGAAGAAGUUCUCACAUAAAGUACAGAGCCCAAAACAGUCAAGCAAAUGACAGAAAUCAGAAGAAACAGAAAGAAUGUAGGUUACUGAAGAAAACAACCAAAAAAAAAAAAACCCAAC